ACGGCGGAUGGCAGCUAAGACGUAACAGUGGCGACGAGCUGAACUCACUCAACGGGCACGACAAGCAAGGACAGCCCAAGAAUGGCAACUGCGGCCACGGCGUUUCAAGUUCCCUUCUUCCACGACGCAGAAGAUAAGUGGGAAACUUAUGUUGUUCGAGUUGAAGCCUACUUUGAAGGAAAUGCUAUUACCGAAGAUAAGAGGAAGCGCGCACUGUUGGUAGCCGCGCUCGGCUCCAGGCCGAUUGGAAUACUGUGCGGAAUAUGCGCGCCUCGAAGGGUCAACGAACUGACGUACAAGGAAGUUGUCGGCAUCCUGGGUCGACACUACGCGCCCAAGCCUAACGAAAUAGCUGAAAGCUACAAGUUCUUCAAUCGGCCACAGCGGGAAGGCGAGUCGGUGCAAGACUUCAUCGUGGAACUGAGGAAAAUUGCGGAAAAUUGCAAUUUCGGAGACAGCUUGGACCGCAUGCUGCGGGAUCGCAUUGUUUGCGGAGUGCGAAACCAGACAGUCCAACGUCAACUACUGGCAAGGCGAGACCUGACUUUGGCAGAGGCAGAAGAUUUAGCUACCGCGGCAGAGGUAGCCACAAAGCAGGUAAAGAACAUGGAAAGCCAGGAGGUGAAAAAUGAAGCGGAGCUACACAGAAUAGCCGGAAAGUCCCGAAAACAGCCAGACCUGGGAAGGAGGUACAAUACAAGAAAAGAAGAAUGCGAGCGAUGCGGAAGCAGUUCACAUGCACGGGACGCGUGUCGGCACAGAUUCGCCAGAUGUUUCCGAUGCGGCAGACAAGGCCAUUUCGCGAAGAAAUGUGGGGCGCAUAAUGACGUUGCAACUCCAGGACGACCAAUCUCGACGAUUGGAGCUGCGACGGCGUCAGAGGGAGAGGACCUGGACUUGGCAUCAGUGUACACGGUACAACCUCGAACACGGGCAAGUUUCGAACCGCCGGUCCGAAGGCAGAUCUCCUGGGGGGGAGUACGACUGACCAUGGAAGUCGACACGGGCUCUCCUGUUUGUGUUAUUCCCCGUGAAGUGUACAAUGAGCACAAGGGCCAUUGGCCGGCGCUGUCGGCAACCAAGCUGAGUCUCCGAUGCUAG